UGCGUGAGGGGCGGGGCCGGGAGAGGAAGCUGCGCCUGCGAGACCGCCGCCCACCUGAGCCUCGCACGGUGCUCCUCCACCUUCGGUUCUGACAGACCGACCGCUCCAACUGCGUGCGAGUGUUUGAAGUCCCACCUCUCCACUCAGUCGUCAUACGUUUGAGCGGGUGUCCCCACUUCCAUUUCCUCACCCUUAACCACUUGUCCCUGCUACUGUGUUCCUUCGCCCUGCUCCGCCAAGGGUCCUCGGUUUUCCUCUCAGCCUCUGACCCAUGGCGCUGCAGGCGCUGCACAGCUCGGGGGUGGCCUUCCGCAAGAUCCUGUCUCACUUCCCCGAGGAGCUGAGCCUGGCUUUCGCCUAUGGCUCCGGGGUGUACCGCCAGGCGGGUCCCAAUUCAGACCAGAAGGUGAGCCCGGCACCAGAGACCGGACCUUCCCCAUGUGGCUUCCCCGCGGUCCACCCCAUUGCCAGGAUUCUGCUUGUUCUCCCUUCGGACCCCGUGAAAAUUAUCGCAAUGAAUGAAAACGUCAUCCUUAGGUCAGCACUUGAUAAAAAUCUGAAGAGCGCUGUGACUGCCGCUUUCCUCAUGCUCCCCGAAAGCUUUUCUGAGGAAGACCUCUUCAUAGAGAUCGCUGGACUCUCCUACUCUGGUGACUUUCGGAUGGUGAUUGGAGAGGAUAAGACAAAAGUGUUGAACAUUGUACUGCCCAACAUGGCCCAUUUCCGAGAGCUAUACAGCAGCAUUCUACAGGAGAAUCCCCAAGUGGUGUAUAAAACCCAGCAAGGCAGACUGGAGGUAAACCGUAGGUGGGAAAUAACUUCCAUCGCUCCUAAGGCAACAAAAGAAUAUUUAGUUUCAGGUUUUAAAACUGUUAAGAUAACUAACAUCUGUUUUCGGUUUUCUUGGUGUCCUGUUUUUUUUUUUCUCACAGGGCUUUCAGCAAUCGUGAGACCUUCCAGUAUAAGACAGAGUACCAAAGGCAUUUUUACUGCUGCAGGGGGCAGUGGAUUGCAGAGCCUGCAGCCCAGGUGUCCCGGGGGUGUGGACGCUGCUUCCCCUGAGCACUUAUUUGCUUCUCUUUCACUUCUAAGGAUGCCACAUUGCACCAUGGAAGUAGAGCAACAGAGAGUAUGUAACCUGGCUCUGAGGCUGCAGAAACUGGAGAAUGGCGAGCACCUCUUCAAAUUCUGUGGGUUUCCCUACGUAGUACUGUGGUUUCUGUUUAUGGCAGUCAUGGGCUAUGAUGAGGUGCUGAGUGCAAUGCCAGGGACAGGGACUUGUGAACCCUGGAGACUAGCGUUCACAUCUUGACUUCUGUGACUUGAACCACUUGCUUAGUUUUUCUGAUUUCUAAUUUCACAGAAAUAAUUAUGCCUGUCUUACUAGGUUGUGAAAAUCUUAAGACGUUAAGGUAGUCCCCAUCUUCCUUCCCUCGCAAGCCUCUACCCCUACAGGGGUAGAAAGGAAGAUUUCCUCUUAGCUAGAAUUCCACUAAGCCUGGGGAGACAGCUAACCAAAGGGGCUAAGCUUGGGGUUAGAAGACGUUAGUUUGAGGUUCUAUUUUUUCGUUUCUUCAUUGUUUAACCUUGGUAUGUUAAUGAUCCUGUCUCCCAUGAAACAGGGAUACCAAUACCCAACUCACAGGGAAUUCCGAGGCCUAAAAAGGCAUCUAGGAUGCUAUAUAAAUGUCACUCUUCCUAGAAAGAAAUGGAAAUCAGGUAUCUGUAACCAGCUCAGAGGAUUAUGCAUCUAGUAUAUUCUGUUAGAGGACAUGGUAGUGUAUUCUCAUAUAGCUUGACACUCUCUCAUAGUUCUUUUAAAAUUUCCUGAACAUUGGAUACACCUAUGUUCCAGUGUGAGAACAGAAAUGCUUCCAAAGCUAAGCACUAUUGUUUUUUCCCCCUCUUUUUCCUGGGAGUUUCUUGUUUAGAAAAUAAUAUCAACUUCUCCUAGACCAGGCUGUUAGUAGACUAGUGUCUUUCUCAUCAAGGUCACAGGUCAGCAGCUGAAGCCAGCCAGCUCAAUACUAUAAAAGACUGUGGCCUCCUCAUACCUGCCUCUCUGCCUGUCAUGGUGGCAGCAGAUGGUGUCACUUCUCAAGUUGGUGAUGAAAAAAUACAGGAAGAGAGGGAGAGGAGGGGUCAGACCCAACUCAGGUUCUGGCUUGGACGGUAGAGGCUGCUCUCUGAGCUGGAGGAGGCGCUGAGCCUGAUUCUCAAAGUCUUGCUUUGUUUUCCAUCUGGCUUUGGACAGUCAGACUAACUUCUGGGUCAGAUACCUCUUUACCACUUCAGCUUCAAAAGACUCAAGUGAAUUAACAAGGCAGGUUUGGUCUUGUUCCUGAAGAGAUUCUGGAAUGCCUCAGUUGAUCCUCUCCAGCCCUUUCCUGAAACACAAUAGAAUGUCACCAUUUCCUCUCUGAUUUCUUAAAACUAAAGUGUUUCUCCCAAUUGUUUUUUACUUCAAAUUUAAACAAAAACGUGAAAAUUUUUUCUUGCAAUGCUUUUUUUUUUUUUCAGUACUAUAUGUUGAACCUUGACAUUCUCUCCACUGAGCUACACCCCUCACCCUUUUGAUCUUAUUUUGAGACAGGGUCUUGCUAAGUUGCCAAGACUGGCCUGGAACUUGUAACACCUCUGCCUCACACUCCCAGGCACUGGGGUUAUAGGUGCACACCACUCACUAUGCCGUGCUGAAAGUUCUUAGAAAAAGUUGUACUUUUGCCUCAGGAGAAAUUUUCUUUAUAGGUAUGUCUGGCUAUGGUUGGAAAUUAAUGGGAAGAGUGUAAGGGGCUUCCUGAUUUGCUCCCUAAAAAAUCUAAAUAUAGAAUUAUAGGAAUAUAGAGACCAGUCAUCCUAGUCAUAUCUCUGGCUCAUAGUGUUUUCUGGAAAUUUUGUCUGUCAGGGACCCUUCCACUUAAGGUCACACAGAGGCCUUCCAUGUUCAUUAACUUUGCUGCAGGUCACUGAAGUAGGCUGGACCUCAGCAUAAGAGAUGCCUCAGGAACCCUAUGUUGAUGGAAAUUUCUGUGUUCUUCCCGGGCAAAACUUCCUUCUGCAGCACUAAUCCAUAUCGUAAUGACUAGCCUGAGCAUCUCACUGCAGAGGAUGGAUGCUUCUAAGGGGACAUUGCACCAUUUUGAGCAAGGAGCAGAAGACAGAGCCAAGUUUCUCUCUCACCAGGCUCUCUUCUCUCAGAGACCAUCUAAAAGUGUUCUGGGGAGUCAUAGAAUUCCUAAAUCACUACCCUUUUCUCUAGAAAGAAAGCAGAAACAAAGAACAAGCUUAAUGCAUGCUCAGUAGGAUCCUGUGGAUUGUAAGCUCUGUGAGGUCAGAGACCACCCGCCAUCCAUGCCAACACCCCCAACAGCUUGCCCAGUGUGCACAGCAGCAUGAGUGCCCAAAGACUCUCCCACUCCCCCCAUAGGCGCUGCUUCCCAAGGCUCCGCACCAGCCUGACUCUCAAUGCCAUGGUUCUGUUUUGCCCAUUCUGGAGCUUUAUGAGAAUAUGUGCUCUUUUGCAUCUUCAUUUCUCAUUAGUCCUCAGAACAUCAGGCGCACCACGUGGUUGGGAGCGGCAGGAGUCCAUUCAUUCCCAUUGCAGUCUUCCCAGUACAUCCACCCUACUGUUGAUGGACACUUGGGUUUGCAGUCUGGGACUAUGCCAGAUAGUGCAGCUGUGCAUGUUUUUGUACUGAUCUUCUAGUGAGCAUGCGCAUAUACUCCAGGAGAAUUUCUAGGUCUCAGAGCAUGUGAAGGUUCAGUGUUAAUAAAUAACAAAUAGUUGUCCAGCUUUACAGUCCCACUAGCAGAGUUCCUGUUGCAGCACCCGCUGGCUAGAACUUGAUAGUGUAUGUUCUUUCCAGUAAGUAGGUAUUGGUACCAUCUUGGGGUUUAAUUUACAUUUUUCUGAUGACGAAGGAAGUUGAGCAUUGUUUGUUUCUAAUAUGUAUAUAUAUUUUACUUGUAGGAGGACACAAUACCUUUAUUUAUUUAUUUUUAUGUGGUGCUGAGGUCAAACCCAGUGCCGCAUAUGAGAUAGGCAGGUGCUGUCCCAUUGAGCUAUAACCCCAGCCCUUGGCAUUUUUUGUAUGCUUAUUUGGAUAUCCUCUUUUGAGAAAUAUCUAGCCUAGUCUUUGGCCCAUUUUUCUAUUGAGUUGUGUGCCUUUUUCUUCCUGAAUUUUCUACAUAGUCUUGAUAAAAGUCCUUUAUUUAUUUGUUUACUGGUGCUAGAGAUUGAACCCAGGGCCUCACAUGCCAAAUACUUGUUGUACCACCGAGCUACAGCCUACAUGUCCUAUAUAUGUUAUAUAGGUAAUCUGAGGAUUAUUACUUCACCCUAUUAAUGAUAACUUUUGGUGAAAAGAAAUUCUUAAUUUUGCUUAGUCCGGUUUAUCAACUUCGUUCUUUAUGGUUAGCAGUUUUUUUUGUGUUUUGUUAGGAAAUUUCAGUCUAUUUCAAAUACAGGGAGUUUAAGUCCAACACUUUUGUUGAAAUGAAAACAUUAAGGCAGAAAGGGCCCUUUUUCUAGUCUGCUGGGUUUUGACCCUUUGCAAAUGUUGGAUCCCUUUGCAAAUCUGUCUAAAACUCUGAACCCUCUCAUAGAAGCACAUGUAACACAUACAUGGCGCACUUCCCUGCAGUUUCAGAGCGUUCAAACUGAGGUCCAAGCUUCCUACGGGCCCCUUUUUAGAGCCCCUAACAUUUUACAGAAGAGGUAAUUGACCAAUAAGCGGGCGUCACGCACCACGCAGCUUGGCCCAGCUGGGCCUAGAACCCAGGUCUCUGGACUUCUGUUCCAGUACUGUUUAUAACCCAUUUCCCUGCUACAGUCCUUCUGAGAAUCUCUGUUUGGCAGAGCCCAGAAGAGAAUGUGUUUAGUCGAGGAGGUUUCUGUCCACCAGUAGCAGAAGAUGGCUGCAUGGUGACGUUCCUCCGCUUUGUGUAUUUACCUUAAAUGUUUGAACUCCAAGGAGUCUGUGACUAAGCUUCCUGAAGGUGAGCUGGGAAUUAUCAUGGUCUGUGCAUCUGCCUCGAGCCGUGACUCAGCGCCCUGGGGUUGCUGCAUUGAACUUCGCAGUGUGCAGCUAACUCCCUGCAUUCUGCUCCAGUUCCUGGUUAGUUCUGGCUGUAAUUUUAAAAAGCGCCUUAUGUAAUAAGUUACCGGCCUCUGUUCUCAAGUGGGUGAGGUCUACCAGAAUGGUUGCUCCAGGGAGAAAAUUAAAAAGGGUGGAAGCAGAGAAAGGAGCUGUGAGCUUCUUGUCGGCCUAUGUCAGUUCACAAGUAGUCACCCGGUAGAUGGGCCAGGCCACAGGAGCCAGAGUUGUUAAUGAUUUUACCUGUACCUGUGGCUUUCUCCCUGUCACUGCCCACAGUAACUCCUUCAAAGGUUCUCAGUGAGCCAGGUACAGCACCAUGUGCCUGUAAUCCCAGUGACUUGUGAGGCUAAGCUAGAGGAUCGCAAGUUUGAGGCCAGCCUCAAGAACUUAGCAAGACCCUGACUCAAAAAAAAAAAAAAAGAAAAAAAAUGGUUUUUUAAUUGUUUAAAGAGCUGGAGAUGUAAUUCAAAAACAUGUCAGAUUCUAAGCAGACUAGGCAGUAUACAGGAGGCAGAGCCAGGUAUUUUAAAGAGAUCACUCAAACCCCAAUACCAGGCAUGUCUGGAAUGAAUCCUGUUACCUUGUCAGCAUGCUCACAAGCACAGUGCUGGGGAUGUGCAUUCCAGACUCACAGCACGGUCAUUGUGUACAUCUAAAAGUGAAAAAGACUAUUGGGUUCUUUGGGCCACACACACCCCGAAUGAUAUCACUCUCCACAUGAAGGAAGUCAAGUCCAUGGUAACAUCCUGGAGUAGGAGCCUAUCAGAUCUGACAGACAAAUAGCAUUCCCACUUAUUUUAUCCCAUUUUAUGUCUUUGCCCUGAGCGCCCCCCAGAGCAGCUCUUCUGUCUCAUCAUGUAGUUAUGAUUAAGUCAUCAAGGAGUGCUAGAGGGUCAGCUAGGGGUGCUAGAGGGUCAUCUAGGGGUGCUAGAGGGUCACCUAUCUGAAUAAGAUGCAUUUGUUCUGACAUUUCAAAAGCAUUUAUGGAGCACCUACUAUGUGCUUCAGAGUGUUGUACUAUACAAUGGGGAUACAGAAAUUUAUCGGACAAGGUCCCCAUCCUCAAGGAGCUCACAGUCUAGCCAGAGGGACGGGUGAGUCCUUUGAUAGGCACUAUACAAUGGGGUAAGUGCCACUCGGGAGGUGAGCAAGCACAGGUGCAUGAGACCAUCUUGGCAUUUCUUGGAGUAGGAAUCCUCAAGCAAGUAUCAAGUCUACUAGGCAGAAAGUGGUGGGAACAGCAGGUAGGCAGCAUACA